AUCUGCUCUCACGCGGUUCUACUAAACCGACCUUCUUUUGUUCUUCCCUCACAUGACUAUCAGACUAUUCAUUUUCAUUUGCAAAUAUCAGUCCACAUAUCCUACAACUCUCUACAUGUAGAUACUAUUUCCCUCUUAACUUUUUUCAAAGAAAAUUCAUAAUCUGUUCGAAGAUGAGCCAAUACAGCCAAAACCAAUUUGAAGGAGCUUAUACAACGCCGCCAGUGUCUACGGGUCCCUACGUGGCACCGACACCGCUCGGUUACCCAACGAACCACACAACUCAUGCCACGGUUUCUCCUGUCGAGACAAAGUCUAAAGGUGAAGCUGCUGAUGGAUUCUUGAAAGGCUGUCUUGCGACCAUGUUGGCCUGUUGCGUCCUUGACGCAUGCAUCUUCUGAGUUCGGAGGAAUUCGAUGGUUUAUUUGAUAUUUCAUGCAAAUAAUUUUUCAUUUUAUUUUGCUUUACCCAAAAUAUAUUUUGGGAUUCGAUUAGCUUAUGAUAUUUGGACCUCCAAUUUGUUAAUUUAAUUAUUUAUUACUAGUUUGUAAUAAUGGAACUUAUUGUACUUUGUGCCCAAAACUGUCAACUAUGUCAAGACAAAAUGAUGUUGUCGUUUAA